UUCAGGAAGCGAGGUGCGUGUGAGCCGGUGCAAGAAAGUUUUGCAAGUAAAACAAAUCACAGCAAAUGACUCCAGUCUGAGCUGAGCCCUCAAAGGACCUGGUUAUGUCCUGGACUAAAACUAAACCGGGUUUAUGUUCUCGAUUGCUUUAAGUGGAAAGCAAAAAGAUUUGGAAGGUAGAGCUUUCUUGGUUUCUGUGCAGAACUUUGUCAAAGGAUUCUUUCACUGGAUUCAGACCCGUCACCAACAUUUUGGGGUUCCACCGCGUGACUAUGACUGACCCGGAAGAACACCCUAAUGUCGCGGGCUCGGGUUCUGGGGACGCAGGGGACCCCCAGCCUGAGAACGACUCCUCGUUCCCUCUGUCCUCCCUGGCCAAUCUCUUUGAGGGGGAGGAGAGCGCCCCCUUGCCUCAGCCCCGCCCCGGAGAGACCCGGCAGAACCUACGAAUCCGCUUCCAGGACGCCUUCAAGAAGGGCAUCUCCAACCCCAAGGACCUGCUGGAGUCCUACGAGUCGCCAGUGGCCCCUGCGCCCAAGAAAGCCCCCAUGGAUUCCCUGUUCGACUAUGGCACCUACCGGCAACCCAACGCCAACAAGCGCCAGAGGAAAAAGCUGCUGCGCGAUAAGCGCAAUGUCUCCAGUAUUAAGGGUCCUGCCCCGGACCCCCCUCUGGUGCUCAAGGUGUUUACGCGCUUGCUGCUCUUCGACGCGGUGUCACGGGGAGACUCCUCCGACCUGCAGGGGCUGCUUCCCUUCCUGCUGGCACACAAGAAACGACUGACUGACGAGGAGUUCAGAGAGCCCUCGACUGGGAAGACCUGCCUACCCAAAGCCCUGCUCAACCUCUACGGUGGCUGCAAUGACACCAUCCCUCUGCUGGUGGAAAUUGCCGAGAAAACGGGCAACCUGCGAGAGUUCAUCAACACCCCCUUCAGAGAUCUCUACUACCGGGGUCAGACCGCUCUCCACAUUGCCAUCGAGAGACGCUGCAAGCAGUACGUGGAGCUGCUGGUGGAAAAGGGGGCUGACGUUCACGCGCAGGCCAGGGGACGCUUCUUCCAGCCCAAGGACGAGGGUGGAUACUUCUACUUCGGUGAGCUUCCUCUAUCCCUGGCGGCCUGCACUAACCAGCCUGACAUGGUCCACUACCUGGUCCAGAACGCACACAAGAAGGCGGACCUGCGGCGGCAGGACUCCCGCGGGAACACGGUGCUGCACGCUCUGGUGCAUAUCGCUGACAACACGCGGGAGAACACGCGCUUCCUCACCAAGAUGUACGACCUGCUGCUCAUCAAGUGCGCCAAGCUCUACCCAGACUGCAACCUGGAGACCGUGCUCAACAACUACGGCAUGUCCCCACUCAUGAUGGCAGCCAGGCUGGGCAAGAUCGGGGUGUUCCAGCACAUCAUCCGACGGGAGAUCACGGACGAGAGCGCUCGGCACCUCUCCAGGAAGUUCAAGGACUGGGCGUACGGACCGGUCUACUCCUCCCUGUAUGAUCUCUCCUCGCUGGACACCUGUGGGGAGGAGGUGUCUGUGCUGGAGAUCCUGGUCUACAACAGCCGCGUCGAGAACCGUCACGAGAUGUUGGCAGUGGAGCCAAUCAAUGAGCUCCUGAGGGAUAAGUGGCGGAAGUUUGGCGCUGUCACCUUCUACAUCAGCGUGGUGUCCUACCUGGUUUCCAUGGUGAUCUUUACUCUUGUUGCGUACUACCGACCCUCGGAGGGAAAGCCCCCCUACCAGUACCAGAGCAGCACAGACUACCUGCGCCUGGCGGGAGAGUGCAUCACCCUGUUCACUGGAGUCUUCUUCUUCCUCACCAACAUUAAAGAUCUGUUCCUCAAGAAGUGUCCGGGGGUCAGCUCCUUGUUUAUGGACGGGUCCUUUCAGCUGCUUUAUUUUAUCUACUCUGUGCUGGUGCUAGUGACGGCAGCGCUCUACCUGUCUGGGAUCAAUGCCUAUGUGUCUGUGAUGGCAAUGGCGCUGGUGCUGGGCUGGAUGAACACACUCUACUUCACUAGAGGACUGAAACUCACCGGGACCUACAGCAUCAUGCUGCAGAAGAUUCUCUUUAAGGACCUCUUCCGGUUCCUGCUGGUCUACUUGCUCUUCAUGAUCGGAUACGCUUCAGCCCUGGUAUCCCUUCUGAAUGUGUGCCCCAGCUCUGACACGCCCUGCCCCGAGGGAGAGUGCCCCACGUACCCCCUGUGCCGUGACAACACCACCUUCAGCACCUUCCUGCUGGACCUCUUCCAGCUGACCAUCGGCAUGGGCGACCUGGACAUGAUCAACAGCACCCAGUACCCCACGGUCUUCCUCACCCUGCUUGUCACCUACAUCAUCCUCACCUUCGUGCUGCUGCUCAACAUGUUGAUCGCUCUGAUGGGGGAGACGGUGGGAAAGGUGUCCAAGGAGAGCAAGAAGAUCUGGAAGCUCCAGUGGGCCACGACCAUCCUGGACAUCGAGCGCUCCUUCCCAGUGUGUCUGCGGAAGACGUUCCGCUCGGGAGAGAUGGUCACGGUGGGCAAGGGCUUCGACGGGACCCCCGACCGAAGAUGGUGCUUCAGGGUGGAUGAGGUGAACUGGUCUCACUGGAACCAGAACCUUGGCAUCAUCAAUGAGGACCCAGGGAAGAACGAGACGUACCAGUACGAUGGCAUGCCGACCAGUGUGAGGGGUCUCCGCAGAGACCGCUGGUCCUCGGUGAUCCCACGCGCGGUGGAGCUGCACAAGAGCCCUCGCUCGGAGGAGGCGGUGGUGGAGAUGUACUAGCGGGACCCCUUGCUUCAGGGCAACCGGAAAACUAGACACCUGGAGAAGAGACGACACCAAGGUAUAAAACACACUGCUCCCCAGCCACACCAACCACUGCCCCUCCCUCACAGGGACUCAGGAAGGGGCUCUGGCUGCUUGGUGUGACACUGCAGAUUUGCACAGAAGCCAGUUUUAUUUUGUCUUGUUUUAAAAAGAACUGACCUGUAGGAUCAACUGAUCAAUUUUUAAGUGUUUUUUUUUUUUUAAUGUUUUGCAUUUUUAUUGUAUCUUUUUACACCAAUGACAGGCAAUGUACAGGUGUCCUGUUCUGCUAUCGCUCCUCCACUUGAGCAGACAACCACAGCUGCGUCUCACAUUUACCUUUUAUUGCAGGUACAAACGUAAGCACUCCAGGUUCCCUGGUUAAAUCAUUAUAAGGGUUUACCUGGUAAAAUAAAUAAGAUACUGUGUGUGUAUAAAAGCCGAGUAAUUAAAUCCGAGGUAAAUGUUUGUGUUUUUAUGUUGCGCAGGGAUUCGAUUAACUAGGUCACUAUCACCAAAACAGACAGUGUGUCUUAUGAGUGUCUUUUAUUGAGAGUAAUUAGGCAUUUUCUUUACCUCCCCUGUGGUGUUCAAAGAAAACAAGAAAGUAAAAUAAUGUAUUCCAGGAAUACAUUAUUGCAAAAACUCUGAGGUCAAUUUGGAUUUCAAGAACUGCCCCAGCUUUUAAGUCAGUUCUUGCUUGUGUAGAAUGCAGAAAAUGUCAGUGUGUGUGUUAACAGUUAUCUGCCACUGGGGGGCAGUAUAACACAUGCAAUGUAAUGGAAUUCCCCCAAGUCUGAGGGGUAUUUAAUCACCUGUUAAUCUGGAUUUAUAGAAACACUGCCUGAUUUUAUCAGAAGCACCACAGGGGUUAUUUAUGAAUCCUAAAAUGCAUGCGCACAGAAGGGCAGUUUAAAAGCCAAUUCAGGGAUGUUAUGUAAUUGUGCAUUUUGUACUUUACCAGAUUUAUUGAUUCACAAAUUUGGAUUCAACAAACAUACUGUACAAAACCUGUAAAAAAUGCUUGUCAUUCAACAGCAUGCUGCACAUCUUUUUUGACGAGUAUUUGUACUGUAUAUUAAUGCACCCCCCUGUACUGGCUUGAAUGGGUUUUCAACAUUAGGACCCCAACUUCAAGCUUUACAAUCCAAGUACUGCGAUCUCAUCCCUAGAGGGAGGUAAUGGUUCUGUGCAAUCCAGCCCUUGUGUAAAGUUACAGUGGUCUAGAUAAUUGCUGUUGAAAAUAUACCUCAAAGGAUACCCGUAUGUCAUAUUUAUAUAGAGAUUUUUAUACUGGUAGCACUCUACUAGCAUUAAGUUUCAUAUUGCAUGUUUCCAUUCUGGUAGAGAACUGUUGUAGUUUUAAUGUAUGGGGCUCUUUUUUAAACUUGUUUUUAUACAAUUUUGCCCUGCAUGGUUGCAUUUUUCCCCAUGAUUACACUGCGCUUGCCCUGUUUAUUAACAUGCUUCACAGUGCUUACCUGUGCUUUACCAGACUUCACUACACUUUCACUAUGGGGAAACCUUUAAAGGGAUAAAACUGCCUUGUACAGUGGAGACCUCAAUCAAUGUAUUUGAGAUUUAUUUUGUUUUUGUCACAUUGUCUGUGCUAAACAUUGGCGCCAGAAUGGAGACUGAGAUAAAGAACAUUUUAAAAUAGCAACUGGUCCUGUCUGUUGGCAAGCUAUUCAUUCAUGGAAGUUACUGUCUAUGCUGUAUUUUAUUGCAUUCACUUUAAGAUGGUCCCAAGACCCUCCUGAGAUGUGCAGAGUGGUUAAGUCAUCACUUUACAUCAAGGGGCAAAUUGGUAAACAAAAAAAUAAUGAGGAAAGGAUAGCGUUUUUGUUGAUAGACCUAAUGCCACUCUCUCCUCAAGAUUUUGCAUCUCAAGGACACGAGGAAUCUCUUGCCACCUUGUCAGAGAGGUUAAGCCUCUUUGCUGAAGUUAAACUAGGACAAUAAUCCCUGCGGUUUAUCAUGCAAUGAGCACCUAGCUGCUGACAAUCCUCCCACCAACCUGCUCAGCUAAGUAGGACAGGACCGGGCAGCGAUUUGUCACAGUCAGCAAGUCUGACUCAAUCCAAACGGUUUUUAAAACACUCACACUUGACCACGUUAUUAUCAAUUGAAGAGAAUGUAUGUUUUAACGCUCAGUGUGGGGCGAUGCAGUGUCGUUGCAGAUUUUGACACCUGCGGCAUUGUUGAGAAGAGAUCAAAAGCUCUAGAACGAUUCCAGCGAUGAGGCUGCUUUACAAUGCUCGCUUGUAGUGUGUGGUCACCGUUGCACAUAUACAAAUCUCAUAACUUUUAAUUGAAAAAAAUCAGGACCAUACAGGCCAAUAUAUAUUUCUUAUCUAAUGUACCCAAGGCCCCAAGUUUAACAGGAUGUUGAUAAUAUCUCAGUGUCCCCUCUGGUGGACUGAAUAUCAGGUUUGCAAUCGGUGACUAAGCUCCAGAUUAAACUUUGUGCUCUUGGAAGAGUGCAUGUAGCAGCUGAGUUUAACACCCUACAGCGUCUCUUUAAGGUUGCUGUGGAAUUAUCAAUGCUGUUUAAAAGCGAAACAGUUUGGUGUGAUUCAGAAGCUGUAAACUAGUGCCACCACUUGUGCUGCAAGCGGUGUGCAACGUCAGUGCCUGUCCGAGCUGCAGUUCGGAAUCGUGGCACAGCGGAAAAGGCAGUACAAGGAAUGAAAGAACAGCUAGAAAUGGAUUAUUAAUGAAGCUGGGAUCUAAACCCAGGGCUUCUAACUCCUGCCUCACUCACUGCCCCCACCCCCCCAUACUAUAAAAUAUUAAAAUCUGUCCAACACAAACACUGAAAAGGUUUUAUGUGUACAGAUACCAGUAUGUGAGUCAACAACGACUUGCAUGACAGCAGCCAGGAAAACUACAGCACCUGUCUG